AGCCCAAAGUCUUAGAAGCCCAAUUUGUAAGCUGCCUUAAAUCUUUGAGAAACCCUCUCCUCUUUCUAUAGCCAACUCUUCACAAGCAAGCGGCCGUAGAAGUGAAUCUCAAAAACCCAAAUCAAACAUGACGACACCUCAGAUUAGUAAAAAGCGAAAGUUUGUAGCGGAUGGAGUGUUCUUUGCUGAGUUGAAUGAAGUGUUGAUGAGAGAGCUGGCGGAAGAUGGUUACUCAGGUGUUGAAGUUAGGGUUACACCCAUGCGAACUGAAAUCAUCAUUAGAGCCACUCGUACUCAGAACGUUCUCGGUGAGAAAGGUAGGAGGAUCAGGGAGCUGACUUCAGUUGUUCAGAAGCGUUUUAAUUUCAACGAGAACAGCGUUGAGCUCUAUGCAGAGAAAGUCAACAAUAGGGGUCUCUGUGCCAUUGCUCAGGCAGAGUCACUGCGAUACAAGUUACUUGGAGGGCUUGCUGUCCGAAGGGCUUGCUAUGGUGUUCUGAGAUUUGUAAUGGAGAGUGGAGCAAAGGGAUGCGAGGUGAUUGUUAGUGGAAAGCUCCGUGCUCAGCGUGCCAAGUCCAUGAAGUUUAAGGAUGGUUACAUGAUUUCUUCUGGUCAACCUGUUAAAGAAUACAUUGAUUCAGCUGUUAGGCAUGUGCUACUUAGGCAGGGUGUGCUCGGUAUCAAAGUCAAGAUCAUGCUUGACUGGGAUCCUAAGGGCAAACAAGGGCCUAUGACUCCAUUGCCAGAUUUGGUGACUAUUCAUCCACCCAAGGAGGAAGAAGAGUAUGCUAUUCCUUCUCCUAUGAUAGCUGCUCCCACAAUGGACGUUUCUCCUACACUAGCCGUGGCAUAAAAAGCCGUGUUAUGAUGUUAUAUCGUCGGUCUUGAGAACUUCUGCACUAGCUGGGCUUGUACUUCUAUUUAUUUUCCUUUUUCACUGCUGAAUACUAGAUUGCAUAGUGAACCAUUUUGCUCUGUAGUUUCUGGUAUGUAAGAUACUAGUUUAAAACUACAGUUGUUUUUAAUGUUUCA